AUGAGGCUGAUCGGAAUCGGACCCUUCAUGAUGAGUUCAUCGUCCGAAUUCUCGAACGAAAAAGACAGUACUACUGCUGAUGUUACCAGGCAUCAAAACGACCACGUCGACUACAUGGAGUGGCUUAACUCGAAGGAGAAAACGACAGUAGUUUACGUGAGUUUUUGGAGAUACUCAGUCUUGUCAAAGGCUCAAAUGGAGGAAAUGGCAAACGGGUUGUUGGAUUUUGGGCAUCCUUUUCUUUGGGUCAUUAGAGAAAAAGUGAAAAACGACAGUGAAAAAGGACAAAACGACAUAGGUCGUGAUGACGAGGAAUUUAGUUGUAGAGAAGAGUUAGAAAAGCUUGGAAUGAUAGUUCCAUGGUGUUCACAAGUGGAGGGUGGCUUUUCCUCAGUGGGUUGA